AUGGACAUCUUAGAACUGAGUUACAAGAAUUUGCCAGAUGAUUUGAAAGCAUGUUUCCUUUACUUUGCAGCGUUGGAAGAGGACAAGGAGAUUUCUGUUUCUAAAUUGAUAAGGCUAUGGAUGGCCGAAGGGUUUAUACAGAAAGAAGCUUCGAACAGCUUAGAGGGUCUUGCCGAGAAUUACCUGAUGGAUUUGAUUGGUAGAAGCUUGAUAAUUGUUACCAAAAGAAGAUCAACGGGUGGGGUCAAAGCAUGUCGGGUUCAUGACAUUGUGCGUUGCUUGUGCUUGUUAAAAUCUAAAGAGGAAAACUUCUUGGAGCUGGUAACUAGUAAGGAUGAACCUUAUGCUUCUUUUGAUGGUAGUAUGGAUAUUGAUGAUUUUGAUCCUUCAGAUUCCAUGACAUAUGAGAAAUAUCGAUUAUGUGUUCAUGCAAGUCGAAAGCACUUUUUUAUGUCAAGGCCUUCUGGUCCAUAUGUUCGUUCUCUGCUGUUUUAUGCUACCACUGAUACAUACCCAAGAUGCCCUUAUGAUACUUUGUUCAUUUCUAAAAACUUUAAGCUUCUUAAGGUGCUGGAUUUGGAAUGUGCCAACAUGGGUAAUUCCUUUGCCAAUGGAAUAGAGUUACUUGUUCAGUUGCAUUAUCUGGCAGUUGGUGGUGAUAUAGACUCUAUUCCCUCAUCAUUAGCCAACUUGCAGAAUCUAGAAACGUUUCUUGUGAAGGGACUGAAAGGUAAGGUCACUAUACCGGAUAGCAUUUGGACCAUGACUAGCUUGAGGCAUCUUCAUGUAGAAAAUCAUGCUACCUUCGCAUUGCAAGAUGGAAAGAUUGGAAGUUCCUGUGAAUUAAGUAACUUGGUUUCCCUUUCCUCGCCAUCUCUUUCUUAUAGGGAACAUGCAGAGGAAAUAUUAAGGGGGUUGCCCAAUCUUCAAAAAUUAAGUUGUAUUUUUUCAAAAUCAUGGGAUAAUUCCAAGAAGUGCAACCAAUUUCCAAGGUUGGAGGAUAUGACUCAUUUGGAGUCACUCAAGAUAUCCUACAUCGGUAGGAGUGUUAGUAGUGGCGAAUUUAGCUUCCCCUUGAGUCUUAGAAAGUUGACUUUAUCAACUUUCUUCUUGCGGUGA